AACACAUGUCUGCUGCCUUCACUUCUUCUUUCCUCCAGACAAGUUUAACACAGAUAAGAACUUGGUUGACUGUUUUUUGUUUAGGAGGCCUAGAAAAGUUGACAUCAACGAACUUGUUGAUUUAUGUUGAAUAGCCAAUGAGCAAUGACUUCAUGGAGAAUAGCUGUGAUAAUCUUUACUGUGAGUAUUCAACAAGUGUGGGGUGGAGAUGAAAUAACCGGUUAUGCUGGCCAAUCAGUUGUCUUAAAAUCUGGCGUGGACACAUCAUGGAACCUCGCCAAAGUUGAAUGGUCCAUCUUAAAAAAUACAACAUAUAUAGCAACUCUGAGAGAUGGCGUGUUGGCAGAAAACAGGUUUUGGAGAUACAAGGGGCGCCUUGAGCUCAACAAUAAAACAGGAGAUUUAACUAUUAAAAAUGUGAGAAUAGAUGACAGCAUGAUAUACACUGUGACCCUGGUAAACAAAAGUGAAACGCGGGAAGAGAAAAAAUUUGAUCUAACAGUCAAAGAACAACUCAAAAAGCCAAAUAUCUUACAAGUGUUCAGUUCCCUCAAGAAGGGGCAAUGUCACUUCCUACUUAUGUGUAAUGCAUCUGAUGAAAAUGCCAAGUUGUCCUGGACGCCUUUGAGUGGGCUCGAUGUAUACUAUAUUUCAGGAUACACAGACAUCACCAAGCCUAUUCUUUGGAUGGAAUUCAGUGGCAACAGAAAUGUGACCCUAAAUUGCAUUGCCUCCAGUGGUCAACAGACUGAGUCCAAGCAAAUAACAGUGGGAUGUGUAGAGGAGAUCAUAAUGCCAGAACCUCACCGUUCAUGCAGUUGUGCUUCCAUGGUUUUUUGGGGGAUUUUGUGUACAGCUGCUGUGAUUAUUCUCUGUGGUUUACUAUAUGCUAAAAAAGAUAAGUUGAAAGCUGCCUGGGUUGAUGGUCCUCUCCAUGUCUUUCAGUGUCUAUUCAAAUGUUAAAACCUAUACUGCAAAAAAAAGUUUUUAAAAUAAAUUAAUUAUUAAAACAUAUAUAUAUUUUAAAUAUAUUUUAAAAUAUACAAAAAAUGUUUUGGAAUAUGUUUAAAAAAUAAAAUUUUCACAAAUAUAUUUUUGCCCAUUUUUGUGUAUUUUGAAAUAUAUUUUAAAUUUUAAAUCAAGGGAAAUAUAUUUACGUCACACUGAAAGAAACAUGACAGGUUUAAAAAGGAUAAAAUUAACUACUAAUUUUCAACUUCAAAAUAUAUUUUAUAAAUUAGAUUUAGCAUAUAAUAAUUACUUGUAAGCAUAUAUUUGAAACAUAUUUUUGGCCAGAGAAAUUAUUAUUUUUUGCACGCUUCAUGCCAAACUAGGGCUGUCACUUUUGAGAAAAAUCAAAUUCGAACGGAUUUCGAAUAUCAUGCAAUGUAUCCAAAUAUAUUCGAAUAUCUGGGCACCCCCCCCCCCCCGGCGCACAUCAAAAACCCACCGUAAUGGAGAUUCAAUCACAAAAUUAUUAACAGUGACAGUCAUAAACUGGGCUGUCUGGAUUACCUUUUUACUUAAUGUUUGAAACAGCAGGUAAUCAACGUAUGAAUACAAAACUUAUAUAUGAAAAAACGAUUCAGAACAGUUACAAACAAUAACGUGACAACUAGGGAUGUUAACCGAUGACCGUUUGACCGAUGGUUGACCGUAUCAACGUUAACCGGUCAAAGUUGUCGGUUGUCGGUUAAAAAAAGGGAUCUGUAAAUUAGGCUAUUAUAGACAGUGGACUAAACGCUACUACAGUUAGUCAUCUCUUUCUUUCCAAGAUCUUUUUGUGUGAAGUGAACAAAUCCCUCACACUCAGUUUUUCAUAACUGGUCUGUUUGUACUUUAUAAACCAAUAAAAAAACAUUUGGCGCGAGGUCACUGCGUUUGGUUUCGCAUGCUCACAAGGUUUGCGAAAAGUAAAUGCUACAGGCUAUUUUUUGAUAAAUUCCUUUAUUCGAAUAGUAAAUAAAAUACAGCAAUGAAAUAAUUAAAAUUAAAGUCUCUCCUGGUUGUGUUCCAAAUUAUUAAAAUUUAUGUCUUUUAGGCUAACAGUAAAGUGCAGAGUAAGUUUUGUUUCUGUAAAUCCUCAGCCAUGAUUUUUACCACUUUAUUAAGUUUUGCUUUGUAGAAAGCAUUUCUUUAAAGUGAAUUUCGUUUUGUAUAAAUUGUAUCUUAAUUUUAAUAAAUGUUUCAUCAACCAAAUGCAUGUAUUUAAUAAAUAAAAAGCAAAUAUAGCAGAGUAUAUAAUUACCGGUCCGUGCAUGAAGGCGCCGGCACGGCGUGUUCACUUGCAUUGCAUUGUUAAUUAGAACGCACCUCAUCAUAAAUAAAUAAAACUCAGCGUAGGCCUAUUUGCCUCAUACAAGCAUUAAAUAUCUUUGCUGCAUUUGUUCUAGAACAAACACAGUGCGAGACCUGCUUUGGCCGGUGCGUCUUUUACACAUUCUGAAGGUGUCCGUUUAAUCCAUUGGUUUUAUCGUGUUGCAGUCUAUUAGGCAACAUUCCGCAUAAGAUGGGUUUAGAUUUGGAAAUACAUUACAUCUACAUUUCAGUGGUAACAGAAAAGGUGAUGAUGAUCAUCCUAUGUCUUUAUUAUUACCCCAAACUAAAGCGCUGUCUCUUCGUAGCUGUCAUUUUCUUAAAUGAGCCGCGGCAAUUUUCGAAUGAGCUUCACAAACGCCUUUAUUUUCAAGUUCAACGCGAUCACCUAGUACCUAAACUAUUUCGAAACUAAGCACGGCGCCGCGUUUGCGGGACUUAUGUUUCGCGCUGUAGGGGAUUUAAAAAGUGUUGUGAGGUCUGUGUGUGUGUGUGAGCCGGAGGCAGAGCGCAGAGAGAUGCGAGUUGCGAUAUUGCAGGCGCGGCUCGAAAUGGCUGUUAUUUUAAAUAGCAUAGUUUAAACUAAUAGGCCUAUCGGUUAACCGGUUUCAACCGGCUAAUGAGGCUCGGUGGCCGGUCAAGAAAAUUUUUCGUUUUCGCCAUCCCUAGUGACAACUUAAACAGCAGCAGGAGUAUAGGAGCCCAAACGGAAUUCGCGCCCGCAGAUUUCGGCAGAAAACUCUGCGGAAUUCUGCGGAUUUAAUGCCCGUCAUUGACAAGCACACAUAUCCCGCGCUUGAGCGUGUUUGUGAGAAGUAAUCUCAUUGACAACAAGCACACAUACAUAGCCUAUCCUGCGCGUUUGUGAGCCGUCAGUGACAAGUACUUUAACCCUGCGCGUGCUGUUUGCUUGCCCGUUUUCAAUGAUAGAGAGCACAAACCCUUUGAUACUUGAGAUGAAAUUAAACUUACCGCUGAGUUAAGCAGAUCUCACUUGACUCUGUCGUCUAUGUGACGUGCGAAAGUCAGCACAUGAUCAUUUCAAAUCCGUUUACAACACAAAUGCUGUUGUUGUUUAAUAUAAAGUUUACAUUGCGUUGUAAAAAUGAUGAAAUCUUCAUACAUGCUAAUUUCAUUAUGCGAACGUAUUAACCCACGUUUUUUAUUCUGCUAUAAUGUUUAACACUUAUAGCAGUGUUAAAUAUGUCAUUUUACAUACAAACUAUAAUUCUAUCUUGACAUGCACAUUAGGUUCAUGUUGGUCCAAUUUGAUUCCCUCUCUUGCGCACAGUUGCCGUCGUCGGUCUCACUCUGAGCCUCCUUCCUAUUACGAGGUGUUACUGUAAAAAAUGCGCUACAUAUGGCAUUUAAAAAACCGGAUGGUUUAUUUAUAAUUCGAAUACGGAUAUUUCACGUCAUGUUCGAAUGCAUAUUCGAAUAUCGAAUAAAAAGUGACAGCCCUAUGCCAAACAUAACAUUCUGAUAGACAUGACGCAUUUACUUCCCGCGCUGUUUACGGACAUUUCUCUCCACAUGCAGCUUGAAGUCGAACGCACGUAAAUUGAUCUCUUCACCAGAGUUAAUUAAAACAGUUUACUAUCUAUUUGCCACUCAGAUAGUUUAACCUAAAAUAACAUCAUAUUUGUCCAAAAUCAUUAACAUUUCAUAUAGGCUGCUAGCGCAUAUUUUGCAUCUGUAAUUAGACUCUGACUACGCUCAUGCUAUUGAAUGUCCACUUCCGGGGAGAUGUCCUACAUGCGGCCCAGCGCUUCUCGCCCGGUGUGCGACCUCCUAUAGACAUUAUUGUUGCUUUAGACGCAGGUUUCGACUCUUUUCACCUACAGUUCAGUUUUUACUCAUCUAAUGCAAUGUUGUUUGGUCAAGAGCAACUACAGGAUUGUCAGCGUUUGCCCCAGAAGUAAAAACAACAAAAAUAUGUAUCAUAGACAUAGUCAUAACCCGUCAUUGUUUACAGCACAACAUCGACCUCACAGCAUGGCACUUUCUGACAGUUUACUGCUAUUUUGGUACCGAUCUGUGAAUGAUAUCUUACUGUUAAAAGACGUAACCACAUUUACAUGCACACUCAUUAUGGGAUUUUGGUAAUAUUGUGAAAAACUUUAUGUAAGUAAAUUAAUAUGGUGGACAGUAUAUGUGAGUUCAUAAUUUAUGCUCUGCAUUGGGCUACGUGUAAAUAAUAAGCACAAUUACAGUAUUAGCAAAUAAUCAGAUAAUAAAAACUGCAUGUGAACUUUCUUACUUAAUAUUUUUGUCUUAUUUUCAGUACAAAUAUCAAAAAAUUCUUAAAUCAAGAUGCUUUUCUUGAUGAGCAAAAUGACCUAAGAAAAUAAGUAUUUUAACAACAAGCAAAAAUAUAUUAUUUCUUGAAUUAAGUGUUUAAGAAAAAAGUCAACUUAUUUCAAGAUUUUUUUUUAUCUUAUUGGCAGAUUUAUUUGCUUGAUUGAAGACCAAAUUUACUUUUUGUCUAAAAACUAGACUUCUUUUCUUAAUAUAAGAUUUUUUAUAUUUGUACUAAAAACAUCAAAAACGUUAUGUUACUACCUUUGAUUUAUGCAGCAAAUGUACUUCUUUCAAUGUGAUAUUAAAUGAUGGAAAAGUGACUCCUCCAACAAAGCACUUACGAUCUAUCGAGAGAAGAUAACCAUCUUAAUUGUUCUGGAGAACGAUUCGUUUUUUACCAUUGCUCUUCUUGUGAGUGAUGUUCAUCAAAGUUCAGGAUCUUAUUUUAAUAAAGACGAUGCACAGCCUUUUGGAGUUGAUCGACUACAAGGUACUUUCAAACUCUGUGCAAACAAUGAGAAAAAGGAUUUUCGUCUGUUUAAAACAGCAAAUCAUGAGAAACUUGUAUGGGAUUUGCGCUCAAAGCCCAAAGGAUACCUUAUGGGACAUUUAAACCUCAGAAGCGUUGCCUCAAAAAUAGACCAACUGGAACAGCUACUUACAAACUCGGAACUUUGAUUUGCUUUGCUUGUCAGAAACGUGGCUUACAGAAACAUCACCAAACACUGCAUAUCUGGUCCCGGGAUAUAAAGUCUUCAGAAAGGAUUGAAAAUUUGGAAAAGGUGGUGGACUGCUUAUGUAUGUGAAGGACUGCAUUAAAUGUAAGGAAAUUGAAUUCAGUACUUUAGUGGAUAUAUAUAUAUAUUGCUGUAACAAUUGUUUUAUCACCAUGUAUGACAUUUACUGUAGUGGGCAUAUAGACCCACUAUUUUCUAUGAUCAACUGUGAAAUAUUUUGAAGGCGUUUGAUCGAAAUAAAGAGUAAAUUUUG